ACAUAAGCGUGACAACAAUGCAUCAGUCCACCGGACAAAAGGCUCGGAAACGGCUCGCUGGGCGGUGAAGUGCGGUGGUUGGAUCAGAUUCCGGCGAAAAUAAUGGAAGCGCCCGCCGAGCAAAAGAGGGCUUGGAACCUCUGUGGGAUGUCGUUUUGCCACUCCUCAAACACCGUUUCCUCUUCUUCUUCGCAGAGAGUUCACCAACACAGCCAAGUUUUGGAUCAGUCCAAUCUUCAUUCUUCCAAGACAGUUUCGUCCAUGGCCAAGUCCCUUCUCCCCGCUAGGCGCAGGCUCAGUCUGGAUCCCCAGAAUAAACUCUACUUUCCCUAUGAACCUGGUAAACAGGUCAGGAGCGCCAUUAGAAUUAAAAACACAAGCAAGUCUUAUGUAGCUUUCAAGUUUCAAACAACUGCACCAAAAAGUUGUUAUAUGCGUCCUCCAGGAGGUGUUCUUGAUCCUGGCAAAAGUCUUAUUGCAACAGUGUUCAAGUUUGUGGAGCAUCCAGAGAACAAUGAGAAGCUGGUAGAUCAGAAGAGCAGGGUUAAGUUCAAAAUUAUGAGCCUGAAAGUGGAAGGGGCUAUGGAUUAUGUACCAGAGCAGUUUGAGGAGCAAAGGGCACAAGUAGUAGUGGAGAAGGUUCUGCAAGUUGUUUUCCUUGACCCUGAGCAACCUUGCCCUGCACUGGAAAAGCUUAAUCAACAAUUAGCUGAAGCCGAGGCUGCAAUGGAGGCACGCAAAAAGCCUCCAGAAGAGACAGGCCCGCACAUUGUUGGUGAAGGACUAGUUAUAGAUGAAUGGAAAGAAAGAAGGGAAAGAUACCUGGCCCAGCAGCAGGUUGAAGGUGUUGAUUCAGUGUGAAAUUGUGUUGAGGUGUCCUCUUGUUUCUGUCGUAAAAAGCUCGAGAAGAGAAGCUUUUGAACUUUGGUGGUAGUUGUUCUUUAGCUUCUACUGUUGUGUGCUCAAAGGUGGCCUGCCAAAGGUUUAAGCACAACCUGUCUGUCCUGGAUGCGUAUUAAAGAGACUUUGAUUUUGUUAUCUUCCCUUCUUACUUGUAGAUACCACAAGACUUUCUUUCCUUUUUGCUAUUAAAUAUUUUCCUUUGUUUUAUAGCAA